CCGAGCAAACAACACUGAACUGAUUAAUAUGUAAACAUUCCCAUUAAUCCACGCGUGUGCUCUUAAUUGCGGGACACUUCCCGAGGAGUCUCGUUGCAGUGGCUACACACAAAGGAUGGGCGUGAGUUGUCCCUCGAAACGGAGCCCACAGACUUUUUGCUUUUUUUUUCUUUUCGCACCAGCGAUCUGAGCGCUCAGUUCACAGUCUGCAAGAGACAGAGAGCGUGUAGCAGCGGGAUGGACAGCACAGGAUUUACAACAGCAGUUGUCUGAAUACUCUCCCAAAAUCAACUAAGACGCACAGGAGGGAGGGGAGUCGCAGCCGGAGAGAGUCUGAGUGCGUUUGUGUCAGAGGGUGUUUGAGAGAGUAAGGGGCAUCACAGAUAGAGGAAAAGCGAGCGGAGAAGGGAGUAAGUCUGGACCAGGUGAUCGAACACUGACAAACCUCCAAGGGGCUGCCAUCAGCGUGCACGGGAUCAGCGAUCUGACCAUGGUGCCAGCGCGCUGCCCGGGACCCUGUGCCAUGCUGGCACUGACCCUCCUCUUGGGAUGCGGCGUGGCUUUCUGCCUCGGCCAGAACGACACGGAGCCCAUCGUGCUCGAAGGGAAGUGUCUGGUGGUGUGCGACUCGAACCCUUCUUCGGACGGAGGGGUUACCUCCUCGCUCGGCAUAUCGGUCCGAUCCGCUGGGGCCAAGGUGGCCUUUUCCGCCGUGCGUGGAACCAACCAUGAGCCGUCAGAGAUGAGCAACACGUCAAUGACGAUCUAUUUUGACCAGGUUUUAGUGAACAUCGGCAACCAUUUCGAUCUCAAAGCGAGUGUUUUCCAGGCUCCAAGGAGGGGGAUAUAUAGUUUCAGCUUUCACGUGGUGAAGGUGUACAACAGACAAACCAUACAGGUGAACCUGAUGCAGAACGAUUAUCCGGUUAUAUCAGCUUUCGCCGGGGACCAGGACGUUACGAGAGAGGCGGCCAGCAACGGAGUACUGCUGAUGGUCGAGCGGGAGGACCGGGUCUAUCUGAAGCUGGAACGGGGCACCCUCAUGGGCGGAUGGAAAUACUCCACCUUCUCAGGCUUUCUAGUCUUUCCUCUAUAAUCUAAUCUGCGAUGAUCCACGUCGCCCGGGACUCUGCUUAAAGGGUUUGAGGAACAGAACAAAAAAAAACGAAACGAAAAAAAAACAUGCCAUUUAUUUUUAACUUAAAUAACUGUCAGCCAAGGAAGCCGACGAAUAUCUGUAUACCUACACUCGUCCACUAUCUAGUCUAAUAUGAACGUUUCCUUGGAGUUUCAUAUAUCCAAAUCCAUCUGUCAACUUUUACGCAAUCUGGAUGAUAAAACGUAUCGAUCGGCCAGUGGCGUUUUGCUUGUCGGGUUUGUGGAUUUUUUUUCUUGCUUGGGAAAACAAACUUUGCCAACAGACAAACGGGUGAACCUGCAGGCAACAUGGACACUGGAGAAGACGAGGAGUGGAAGAACUGAAGUCCUGGACAGGCAGAGUGUGUUAUGCUCUAUUUUAUGUUUGUAUAGCCUUACAGAAUAUUAUGGUUUCCGUCCAAGUGAAGUUUAUGGAAUUAUCGACACCCAUAGAAGAAGUGCUUUCACACCCAAAGCAUUUUUUUGCACGAACGGAGAAGUUUUUUUUCUUUUUUUUAUGUUUUUGUGCUGUCAAUGGUGUUGCGUUUGGAUGCUGAACAUAUUGAAAAUAAGCCAAAUGUAGGCCGCCGACGAGUUUAUUAAAAGAGAAAAAAAGGCGACAUAUUCCCGCCACUGGAGACGAUUCAGAGCCCUUUUAUUAAGAGAGAGAAAAAAAUAAUAAUGACAUAAUUUAUAAAGUACAUAUUCACAUUAUUGUGUGUUCUACAUUUCGGAAUCUGCGUAGCUUUGACUGAUUUAAUGUUCAGUGACGUUGCUCACCAAAUGUACAUUGUGGAAAUAAUAGAAGAAUCCCUAUGUCCCGCUUAAUAAAAGAUAUUGUAUUGUAUAGGCUGAGCGCAUGUAUCACUUUUUACGCACACGACUGAGGAGAAGCUGCGGCCUCAACGAGCAAACAGACGCUGUCCGAGGUGCUGAAACCUUCUGUUCCAUCAGGCAGCACCACUUUUUCUAAAAGGAGAGGCAGCACAGAGACACAGGGAGCUACUUUAACAUUGUUAUGAACUCGUCCUUCUCUUUGUGGAUGAUUACCAAAUAGAAUACAUUAGCUGGAAUGGAUAUACUGAGCUUCAAUAUACAGCACGGCAUGGCUAUGGUGCGCUUUUACGCAUGGCACGACAGAGGCUGGGAAACACAUUU